AUGUUUACCGACGAAUUAAAUCUUCAAAAUCAUCGUGUUCCUUGUACUUUAUUUUGUCCAUUGUGCGAUAACUGUACUGAGGAUGAAUGGCAUGUAAUGUUUGACUGCUCAAGGACUAAACAAAGUUGGAGGAUCACUGCUCUGCUAUCAGUUAUUGAACCGUGGCUGCAGAAAUAUAGUAACAUUCAGGAUGUCAUUUUCGAUACGUGUUGUGUCGAGGAUUGGGUCACGGUUGGUAAAAUUGCUAUUCUGAUGGAUGCUCUUUGGAAGUUUCGUAAUGGCAUGGUUUGGAAUGGCGAGAAAACAGAAGUGGAACAAAUUGAUAUGCGGGUAACUCAGGGAUUGAAUGUUUGGAUUUCGGCUCAACAACAGCAACCUGUUAUGGACAACAACAAUAUCGAAGCCAAAUGGUUUUCUCCAUUGCAGAAUCGAUUAAAAUGCAAUGUUGAUGCGGUAUAA